GGGGAAACCAGCAACACAGACAGCGCGGUCGGGUUUUGGGGGCAGCCGGCGCGAGAGUUCGGCAACUCCCUGAAGCUGAGGCGCAGCGGAGCGUGGCCGCAGAGAAGAGCAAUUUAAACCUUGCGGGCUCUGCCGGGAGUCGGCGGCCGGACGCCAGCAGGCCAGAAGAGGGCACCAGACCUCAUUACAGAUGGUUGUGAGCCACCAUGUGGUUGCUGGGAAUUGAACUCAGGACCUUUGGAAGAGCAGACAAUGCCCUUAACCUCUGAGCCAUCUCUCCAGCCCCCUUGAUCUCGUGAUCUUUCUGCCUCCACAUCUUGAGAGCUGGAAUUACAGCUAUAAGAAGUAGACCAAUCACGUGACUUCCUACGUUGCGAGCCAUGGCACUACCGUUCCGGAAGGACUUAGGGGAGUAUAAGGACCUGGAUGAAGAUGAGCUCCUUGGCAAUCUGUCAGAAACAGAGCUGAAGCAGCUUGAAACUGUCCUGGAUGAUCUCGACCCCGAGAAUGCCCUUCUGCCUGCAGGGUUUCGGCAAAAGAACCAGACAUCAAAGUCUGCCACAGGGCCCUUCGAUAGAGAACGUCUCCUUUCUUAUCUAGAGAAGGAAGCAUUGGAGCAUAAAGACCGGGAAGACUAUGUGCCCUACACUGGAGAGAAGAAAGGGAAAAUUUUUGUCCCCAAACAGAAACCUGUGCAGACUUUCACAGAAGAUAACAUAUCUCUUGAUCCAGAGCUAGAAGAAGCUUUGACAAGUGCCUCUGACACGGAACUGUGUGACCUUGCAGCUAUCCUUGGGAUGCAUAAUCUGAUUACAAACACUCAGUUCUGUGAUGUGGUGGGAAGCAGUAAUGGUGUUGACCAAGAACAUUUUUCAAAUGUGGUAAAGGGGGAAAAGAUUCUUCCAGUGUUUGAUGAGCCACCAAAUCCAACCAAUGUUGAAGAGAGUUUAAAGAGAAUUAAGGAAAAUGAUGCCCGUCUUGUUGAAGUUAAUUUGAAUAAUAUUAAAAAUAUCCCAAUUCCAACUCUAAAAGAUUUUGCAAAGACUUUGGAAACCAACACACAUGUGAAACAUUUCAGUCUUGCGGCUACCAGGAGCAAUGACCCCGUGGCUGUUGCAUUUGCAGACAUGCUGAAAGUGAACAAAACUUUGAAGAGUUUAAAUAUGGAGUCCAACUUCAUCACAGGCACUGGAGUUUUAGCACUGAUUGAUGCUUUAAGAGACAAUGAGACCCUGACAGAGCUCAAGAUCGACAAUCAGAGACAGCAGUUGGGCACAGCUGUAGAAUUAGAAAUGGCUAAGAUGCUUGAAGAAAAUACGAAUAUCCUUAAAUUUGGGUAUCAGUUUACACAGCAGGGACCCCGAACCAGGGCAGCCAAUGCUAUAACGAAAAACAACGACUUAGUGCGCAAGAGGCGAAUUGAAGGAGACCACCAGUAAGAAUGCUGAGGGUAACCUUGGAAGCCUGCAGAUCAGCAGAGGCUCCUGUUGGGUCAGCAGAUGUAAAAACUUCCUGGGUAGAAGGGAAAAGACUGGAAAUCUUUUUUUUUUUAACUAUAUGCAUUAUUUUCCUACCUUAAGGUAUUAUAUUUGAUUUGUAAAAUCAGUGAUGGGUAGAAUUAUAUUUGUAGCCUUUCUACUGAAAUCAUUUUAAUUUAGCUUAAUUGAAUGGCUUAUAAUUUUUAGAUAAAAAUUUAGAAGUCAUGUAUAUAAGAAUAAUUUUGAACACCUUGAGGACCAAUCUUUUUAAAUCAAAAAGGGACAUUGCUGACUCAGUGUUGCUCCUUACACAAAAAGGGUAGGGCACAUGGCAGUUUUUUAAAAAAUCCAUGAAUUUGGCAAGAGUUUGCUUUUUCCUUAUUAGGGAAAUAAAUUUUCAGAAUUUUAAAAGAUGGCUCAGCAUCUGAUUUAUCUCCAUAAGCCAGCGCAAGCCUCCAGGAGACAGACCGGUCCUCCUCUGGGAGACAGAAUGGGCCACUGUGUUGCAGGCUUCUGGUCUUGUCCACUGAGCCUCAGCUACACUGGGGUUUUUGUUUGUUUGUCUGUCUGUUUGUUAAUACUCUGUAAUACUGCCCCACUGCCUGCCUUGUUUAGAAGUAUAGUUAUAUCUAAGAUUACUACAGUAUUUCAUCUUGUGGGCAUUAAAUUUUUGGAAAAGCUAAUGGUUAAAGAGCAUCAAAGUAGAGCGGUUAUUUUCUUCCCCAUAAAAGGCUCUUGGGCAAUGCUCAGUUACUUAGAGUAAAAGAAAAAAGAAAGGUGCUGUUAGAUAUAGGAGGGACUUCAAGCCCAAGACGCUCGCAACAUGGCCAUUAAAGCUGCUGAGCACUGUCAGUUAGAAAGUAAAACAAAGACAUGAGCUAACUAUGGUGACUCGCUCCUAUAAUCCUAGCACUCUGGAAGCUGAGAAAGGAAUAGUUCCAGAUGUUCAAAGCCAGCCUGGACUACAUAGGAAAUUCCAGGUUAGCUUGGACUACAGAUGUGAGAACCCAGGUCAAGAAAAGAAAAACCUGUACUGUGUGGUAAAACGUUCUAUACAUGAUUGCGUAGGUGCAAUGCAGCAUUGCAUGCAUAGAGUUAAUCCCCACUCCACAGUGUUCCAGCCAAUCGCAAAAACUGCCAUUCUUCAGAAACCCAACUUUAGCAGAUGCUUCCUUUCAUCUUGUACUUUUAAAAAUCCAUAUGGUUGGGCUGGAGAGAUGGCUCAGAGGUUAAAAGAACUGACUGUUGUUCUGAAGGUCCUGAGUUCAAUUCCCAGCAACCACAUGAUGGCUCACACCCAUCUAUAAUUAGAUCUGGUGCCAAGAACACUAUAUACAUAAUAAAAAAAAAAUCCAUAUGGUUAAAAAAAAUUCCUAUAGCAUAGAUUAUAUUUAUCACCCAGGCAUAGAGUGAGGACUUGAGAGCACACUGCAGACUGGGGUUGGCAAGGCUGCACACUGAUGCCCUGUCCCAGAGCAGCUCCUACAGAGGGAGUAGCAGAGGCGUUCAAGGCCACAGGCAACAGAGGAAAGGUCCAGUAUGAAUCAGUUUACUUUGCUUAUACCAUUCCAGUUCUGUUCUAUAGUACGUUCUAUAACUGAAGAAAAUACUUCUUUAUAAGUAACUUAAGUCUGAACUCAUUUGAUUAAAUAGAUAUGUCUUAAGAAUUAUAAUGGAAAGCUGGGCAGUGGUGGCACACGCCUUUAAUCCCAGCACUCGGGAGGCAGAGGCAAGCAGAUCUCUGUGAGUUCGAGGCCAGCCUGGUCUACAAGAGCUAGUUCUAGGACAGGCUCGAAAACCACAGAGAAACCCUGUCUCGAAAAUUUUAAAAAAAAAAAAAAAAGAAUGGAGGCCAGGCAUGGUGACGCACGCCUUUAAUCCCAGCACUCGGGAGGAAAAUGCAGGUGGAUCUCUGCCAGUUCCAGGACAGCCAGAACUGUUACACAAAGAAACCCUGUCUUGAAA